AGUCAGUUGCUCAUGUGAGCGAUGUGUCUCUUUGGCCUCUUGUUAUAUAUGAGUUACCAAAUGAAUAGCUUAUCUACAAAUCUGCAUAAAAUAUAAACUGUUGCAAUUACAUGUAGUUCUCAUUUUUCUGUAGAAUGGCAUGCAUACGACUAAAAGCCCAUUGCUCCAACAAGCAAAAUGUUUGGUCAGAGGGUCUUUCUUACGACCCGUUUUAGAUGACAUUGUACUUUCUUUGGAGCCAGGAAUCUACGAAGAGGCAAAUAUGCCAACGAAUGUAGAACAACUUUGGGGUCCUGUUCCUUUGCCAAAGUCUGACAAAGAAAAUAAAUGUCAGGUGGCUUCUCACAGGCUACGAGACCCGAAUGGAAACAUUAUGUUUACUUGUCGUUUAAUACACAGUGUAAGCGUUAUGACGUCAGUUGUUCAUGUGUUCUAUCAUGACAAAAUGGCUGCAGUUGCGCAUGUUAUAGGUUCUGAUCAACUACCAUUGGAAACACAGGUAGGGCCGGAAAACAUUUGGUUGGACCCAGGUUCUGGCUAA